AUGUCCUCCUCACCUACCUUGAUCUUUUGCCAUGGCGCUUGGCACACUCCUGAAUAUUGGGACACGGUCAAGAGCGAACUGCAAAACAAGGGAUACAAAUGCGUAGCUCCAAUGAUCAUCUACAACGGCGAAGGAAAGCCCGUCCAAUCAAUGACAGUCGUUGUGGAGGCCUUGCAAGAGGUCAUUGCCGACGAAACUGGUCUUGGCAACGAUGUAGUCUUGGUCAAUCACUCCAUGGGCGGUAUCGCUGGUUGCAGUGCUGUGAAAGGCUUCACGAGAAAAGACCCAUCAAAACGCAAAACCGAGAAGUCAGGGCACGUUUCGGGCCUGGUUCAGCUCACCGCAUGGACGCCACUCGAACAUGAAACUUCUCUGGCCGACAUUGGAGAGGACUUUGCGCGCAGAAACCCGGGGGUGACGAUUCCUCGAAUGAAAAUGACGAACAAUGAUGAAGGCUGGACCGUGUUGCAAGGCAACCCUGCAGAGCAUUUCUACAACGACAUGCCUCCGGAAGAUGCCAAAAAAUGGGUUUCCAAGCUCAUCAAGUUCUCUGCUGCAAUGCGACCUGCCCGGGAUUCAGUCUAUGCCGGUUGGCGAGAUGUGCCUGUGUGGUAUCUAGUAUGCACCAUGGAUAUGGCAAUCAGGAAAGAGCUGCAAGAGGAUAUGGUACAGAGGCUUCGAGAAUUGGGUGCAAAUAUCACGACAAGGGAGUGCGAGGCCGGUCAUUCGCCCAUGCUGAGUAAGCCUGGGGAGACCGUCGCGUUCAUCGAGGAUGCCGUGAGAGCCUUUGGUGCGUGA